AUGACAUUGAUUGGCGGUAUAUUUAAUCGCACUCCUAAAGGCGAGAACAGUUUUGUCGAGGAUCUUUCUAGAGAUGUGGAAAGCCUGAAUUUUGGCUCUCCUUCUCCAUCCACUUUGAACCACCACGGCGCAGCUGACACAUCAAACAUUUCAUACAUGUCGACGUCAAGCUCUCCAAACAGAAGUUUUGAUCCAUACAAUGUUCAGCGGGUCCACUACAACAAGGAAAAUACUCCGCCGGCCACUCCAAGCAGAACCAAUGUUCAUCCACCGUUGCCGAUGUAUGGCACUCCACGUUCUGCAGUGACUCAGAUGCAGGUCACCCAGACUCCAAGACUUAACAGAGAGUUCUAUUCUAAGGCCAAUAGUGCCAGGACCAAGAGACUUGUGACGGUUUCCCAGAUGUACUUUUUGGACUAUUACUGUGAUAUGUUUGACUAUGUCAUCAACAGAAGACACAGACUCGACCAAGUCGAGGAGGCACUUCAGAUGCUUCCUCCGACUGAAAGACCGCAGCAGUGGAAGAACUACGUCGGAAAAGAAAGAGCAUACUUGAGAAAAAGAAGAAUUAGACCAAAACACAAAGAUUUCAAUAUCAUCACUCAAGUGGGACAAGGUGGAUACGGACAGGUUUUCUUGGCGAGAAAGAAGGACACCAAGGAAAUCUGCGCCUUGAAAGUUCUGAGCAAAAAACUGCUCACCAAGACAGAUGAGACAAGACACGUUUUGACCGAGAGAGAUAUUUUGACCAACACUCGGUCGGAAUGGCUUGUCAAGCUGUAUUAUGCUUUCCAGGAUGCUGACAGUGUCUAUCUGGCCAUGGAGUUUGUUCCUGGUGGAGAUUUCCGUACUCUGCUGAACAACGCUGGAUAUUUGAUUCCGCAACAUGCAAGAUUCUACAUCAGUGAAAUGUUUGCUGCCGUCAACUCUCUCCAUGAAUUGGGAUACACACACAGAGACUUGAAGCCAGAGAACUUUUUGAUUGACUCGAAGGGACAUGUGAAGCUGACUGAUUUUGGUUUGGCCGCUGGAUCUGUCUCUACCGACAGAAUCGAGAGUAUGAAACUGAGACUGAACCAAGUGAAAAACCUUGAAUACAAGCCAAAGGAGCGCACAGUGGCAGAAAGACAACAAAUGUACAAGUCUUUGAGAAGCAAUGAGGUGCAUUUUGCGCACUCCAUCGUUGGUUCUCCAGAUUACAUGGCGUUGGAAGUUUUAGAAGGAAAAUCAUACGAUUACACCAUCGAUUACUGGUCUUUGGGAUGUAUGUUAUUCGAGGCUAUUGUUGGAUACACUCCAUUCUCUGGAAGCUCUUCAGAUGAAACGUACUCCAACUUGAAGAGAUGGAAGGAUUGCCUGAAGAGACCAAGAUACGAAGAUGGCAAGUAUGUUUUCAGCGAUCGUACAUGGCAAUUGAUCACGCGGUUGAUUGCAUCGCCUCAUGAGAGAUUGCGCUCUUUCAAGCAGGUCAUGAACAUGCCAUAUUUCGCGGAAGUGAAGUGGGAGUCGCUGAGAGAACGUGUGCCACCAUUUACUCCACAGCUUGACGAUGAAGAGGACGCUGGAUACUUUGACGAUUUCACCAACGAGAGCGAUAUGGCUAAAUAUAAAGAGGUGAUGGCAAAGCGGGCUAACGACGAGAAGCUCGGUUACAACAGCGUCAAGACCGACCAAAAGAGCUUUGUUGGGUUCACUUUCAAGCAUAAGGGAAACCCGAACCUGAAUCCAAACAACAUCUUGUCGCCGCUACUUAUCAACGCCCAGAACAGCUAUAGAGACUAUCACGGAUACAGUGAGCCUUUUGCGGAACUACCAAAAGCUGUUCGGAUAUCCAACAGUUUGCACAAGAAGAACGGUCCUUUUGAUGGAAUCUUUUUUCUUGGCGACCUAAUUGCUUCAAAUGGAGCUCAUGUCGAGGCUACUGACGAUCCAGCGACUUCAAUUUUCCAUUUUGAUGGAAUCCGCAAACUGCAAGAGUCGGAUGAUUCCAAGCUGAAACAUUUGGGCAAAUGUGGAAUUCUACGUUUAGCUAGUGGCAUUCGAGUUGGAUACGUUUCCGGUGAUCUGAAGACUGUAGCCGAAGACCUUCAGAAGACGUUCGAGAAUCAGGUUCUGGAUGUUCUGGUGACCUACCAAUGGCCAACGAGUGUGGCCACCGAGGAGAAGCUUUCCUUGGUUGGCGAUGCCAGAUUGAACGAUCUGCUGGAAUGGACUCAUCCUCGAUACUGGUUCUGUGUUGGCAACAACAACGGCAGGUUUUUUGAAAGACUACCUUUCAAGUGGGAAGAUGGCCGGGUGACCAGAUUCAUCAGUUUAGGACAACAAGGCGGGCAGGACAAAUGGUAUUAUGCAUUCAACUUGAAUCUGGAUCCGAUGAUGGACCAAGAAGGAGUUACGAAGUUCGGAGAAAAACCACAGCUCAAGACGGAGCCAGAAAACACAGUCACAAAUACACAGUUGAAACGGAAAGGAGGCGAGAUUGAUCAGCAAUUGAAGCGGGUCAAGAAGGAGGUCGGCCCUGAAAAUUGUUUCUUCUGUGUUUCCAACACGGAAGCAGAGCUACAUAUGAUUAUUUCCAUUGGAGAAUUUGCAUACAUGACGGUUGCUAAGGGUCCGUUGACCACGAGAGACAAGCUUGGAUUCUCGGGACACGGAUUGAUCAUCCCCAUCGGACACUUCUCUACCUAUAGCAAGUACCGUGAUAGCGAGGAAGCAGGAAAAAAGGUGGAAGAGACCGCGUUAUUCGGAGAAGUUGGAAAAUACGAAACUGCCGUGGUCAACAUGUUCAGGUCUCUUGGACCUUACAAGGUUGCUUUUUGGGAGAUUUCGAGAUCCGAGGGUAUUCAUCAUCACAUUCAAUUCUUACCUAUCGAGGACAAAUAUGAAGAGCUAUUUGAGACCCAGCUGAAGAAACAAAUUGCUUACAACGAGAAAAAGUACAAUUCGCAUUUGGUUUACGAGAAAGACCCGUCAGCAGAAGAGUAUUCCAAGCUGCUCAAUGGAGAAGACUACAUGUCGAUCAGAAUAGUUGGCCCAGAGUCAGAAACCAAGUAUGUGUUUCGGCUGACAGACGGAAACGUCGACCUCCAAUUUCCUCGACGUGUCCUGGCGUUCCUGAUGAAGCUCGGACGUCGUGUUAUUUGGAACAAGUGCAGAGAAUCGACGCUGGAAGAAGCUUCGCAGAAAGAUGUGUUUCGUGAAAAGUUUCAGCCGUUUGAUUUCUCUGGAGAAAAAAAUAAAUAA